AUGCCUUCGCCUAUUCCUCAUCCCCAGGGGCUUCCAAUUAUUGGAAAUGUCUUUGAUAUGAUCCCUGGCAAUACCUGGGCUUCUUUAAAUAAGCUGGCAGCAGAACAUGGUGGUGCUGGUAUCUUCAAAAUCAAAAUCCUCACCAAGCAACUUGUCUUCAUUACGAACGCAACUCUCCUCGAGGAAGUCUGUGAUGAGAAGAGAUUCCGAAAAUGUGUCACCGGUCCUAUUGUCGAGAUUCGCAAUCUUGCCCAUGACAGUCUCUUCACUGCGUUUGACUAUGAGGAAAGCUGGGGCAUCGCGCAUCGUAUCAUGUCCCCUUUCGUGUCGCCCGAGGCUGUCAAGGAAAUGCAUACGGAUAUACAACUCACGACAGAUGACUUAAUCUGGAAAUGGACUUCAACCGACACCACCGGGCAGCGUGUUGAUGUCACUAAUGACUUGGACCGACUCAACCACGCCGCCAACAUUAAAUGCUUCUUCAGUCAGCAUGUAGACUGUGUCCUCGGCGAGGAACCUGCUGUCAUCAAAGCUAUGUCGGAUCUAACCUUCGAAGCCGUACGUCGACCCACGCGACCCAAGCUCCUCAAUCGGCUGUUGUACCAAAGUACAUUCGACAAGGAUAUCAAGAUCUGUCGUGACUAUUGCGCUCAGAUUAUCGCCAAGCGACGUAACAAGCCUAUCGAACAAAAGGAUUUGCUACACGCCCUUCUUCAUGAAACAGACCCGAAGACCGGAGAAUCCCUUUCAGACAGCCGGGUCAUCGACGAAAUAAUCAAUAUUUUCAUCGGCAGCGCUACAGCCCCGAAUCUCGUCUCCUUCACUCUGUAUUAUCUCGCCAAAAGCCCAGAUGAAUUCACCCGUGCCCGUGAGGAGAUUGAUACCCUCGUCGGUCCCACCGGUCAAAUCGAACACUCCCAUCUUUCCCAAUUACCCUACUGCGAAGCCAUCCUCCGCGAAUCAUUACGUCUCUGCGCCACAGCCCCGGGUUUCAACAUCGAGCCUUUGCCCACCGAUGGUCCAGUUCUACUAGGUGGAGGAAAAUACGAGAUUCCAAAGACCCAAACCAUGAUCGCAAUCCUGUCUGCUGUCAACCGCGAUCCUGCUGUUUUUGAUGAUCCCAAUGCUUUCAAGCCCAAGCGCAUGCUCGGCGACGCCUUUGACCGACUGCCAGUGGGUGUAAAGAAGGGAUUUGGAAACGGGAAGCGUGAGUGUUAUGGUACGCGGUAUGCUUGGGAAUGGUCGUUGCAUGCACUUGUUCGCAUCAUUAAGGAUGUUGACUUUGAAUUGGCGGAUAAAGAAUAUACAUUUGAUAUGGAAGGGAAGAAUUUCAAUGGCGCUUUUAGUGUCAGGCCAUACGGAAUGUUUGCAAAGACUAAGAAGAGAGACCCUAUCGUUUAG